GCUCACAAAGGGGUUCACAGUUGCAGAUGCUGCCGAUCACACUGCUGGAUAUUUAACCAGUACAGACAGAUGACAGCUCCUUUAAAGCUCCCUGUGAGUGAUCAUCAGGAUGGUAUGGCGCUUGAGAGGAUAGAGGAGGACCAUGUGUCUGAUGGCAGCAUCCCUGAGCCAGUGAUGGACGGUCCACCUAGAAAGAUGACGGGCAAGUUGGUCAGACUGAGCACCAUCUCAGAGCAGGAACCGGACAAGCUGGACACCGAUCCCAGUUCCCAUGAUGCCCCGGGGGGCGGUGAAUGGGGUGGAUCCAGCUUCUCCAUGUGUUCUGACAAGUUUAAAAACAGCAGCAGCCAUUUCUCCUCUGAUGAUUCAUACCAGCCUGGCAGUGGAGAUGACUGCGCAACACUUGUCCUCGCCUGUCUGCACUGUCGUUCCCACGAGUUUAUGGUCCUCCUGCUGGAUUCAUGCGAGAGGGCUGUGAGUUGCUGUUUUCCCUCCUACAAAUACAUCAAAGCAGCCAGUGAGGCAGACCAACAGGGACUGGACUGCUGCAAUUACAAGCUGGAGCUGGACUGUAACUGCUGUGGCUCCUGUCAGGACGUAGGAGAACUCAUAGAGCUGGCCAUGGAGAUAUCAGAGGUCUGCUAUCGCUGAGAGAUUAUGGAAAAUCACAAAAAUUAUAAAUGUUAAAAACUUGAAUGCUCACCAAACAUAAUUACGGUCUCAUCUUAUUCACAUUAUGUAAUAAAUUGCCUGCAUUACUAAGUUUUUUUUAAUAUAUAUAUUGGCCUCAUGUGGAAAUUCACAUGCUCUGUAGCUUGUGUGUGCCUCAACAUUAUUCAAGCAGGUAACUACUGCCACCCUGUGAAACAGUGGAGAGUUAGUUGUUAUAAUAAAAGAGCUCAACUGUUGUUACAGCCACACUCGAAAGUCAUCAAAUGGCAACAUCCUGUCCAUAAAGCAUGCCAGGGUGGGCUGAAGACACUCAGGAGACCGGGGAUCUGGGAGAAUACUUUCAAAUAACAACUCCAGUCAUUCACAACAAACUGAGUUUAAUCUGGUCCCAGUGAAAGGAACAUGGAUUCAACAAACUGAGUGGAAGUUAUCAGAUGUUAAAAUGUAAGUAUAGAAUGGAAAUAGAUUGAUUAUAUGCAUUAAAAGGAUUUUUUUUUUUAAAUGUAAUGUAAGAAAUGAUUCUGUAGUAUGUGAUAGUAAUGGGUUUAUAUGUUCAAUGCCAUUAUAUAUCAAUUUAAUUAGGCUGCUAUAGCAGAAUAACGGCAUGCCUCUUUAGAAAUAUUGCAUCUCUUUUUCUCAAAAUACGUUUUCAUUUAUAAUUUGUUCAGCUUCAUUGGUUAUACGGUAUGUUCACUAUAUACACUCUGUGGUUACAGUAUACGUCCAUUAGUAUGCUCCAGGGGAGGUGAAAUACCUUUCUAUUUUAGGCUGCUGUCACUUAUGUGUGAAACAUGUACAGCGGUGGUGGAAGAAGUAUUCAGAUCUUAUACUUCAGGAAAAGUACAAUAAAAGUACAAGUAAACCUGCUGCAUUAGAGUUCUCCACAGAUUUAACAUUGCACUCCUAUAACAUUGUCAGACUGAUGAAGGACAGUUAAAAAAAAACAUAUAGUGUUUUUUUAUGCCAUGC